GAAGCCAAGAAUGACCAGGCUGCCAUACUUGCUGCCAACACAGGGCACUGGUAUAAUGGGGAAGCAAAACAUGUUUUCACAAAGUAUAUGAUUCUACCAGUCAUGUGGUGAGCAACUGGCUUGCCAAAAUACAGUGCAUGAAGAAUUCUGUGCCCAAGAAUGACAAAAAGAGAAGGAAGCAGAUGACUGAAGAUAUUGCUAAGUUGGAAGCAGAAGUCGAGGCGAGACACAAAGAAAAGCUGGAAGCCCUGGCACAGAAGCCAACGGAACCAACCCAAGUGAGCAGCAUUACAAAUGGCGUGACCAGCUUAGAUUUGGGAAGUGAGGAGCCAGUCCAACAGCCACGCGUAUCCAAGGCACAGAAGAGGCGGGAAAAAAAGGCUGCCCAGGAAAAGGAAAGGGAUGAUCGCAUUGCUGAGGCAGAAAUAGCCAAUUUAUCAGGAGCAAGGCACCUUGAAAGCCAGAAACUUGCCCAGAUUUUGGCAGAGAGGGAGCUGCAGAUUAGGCAGAUCCCCUCUGAUGGACACUGCAUGUACAGAGCUAUUGAGCAUCAGUUGAACGAGCAAGGUAACAGCCUGACUGUAGCCAAUCUUAGAAGCCAAACUGCAGACUAUAUGCAAAAGCGUGCUGAAGAUUUCCUUCCAUUCUUAACGAAUUCAUCAACUGGUGAUAUGUACACACAGGAAGAGUUUCAGAAAUACUGCACUGACAUAGUGAAUACACCAGCAUGGGGUGGCCAGUUAGAGCUUAGAGCCCUGUCUCAUAUUCUGAAAACACCUAUUAAAGUGAUCCAAGCAGAAUCCUUGCCUAUUGUCAUUGGUGAAGAGUACUCAAACAAGCCGAUCACCUUAGUAUAUAUGCGACAUGCGUAUGGACUGGGGGAGCAUUACAAUUCUGUGGAACAACUGGACACAAGUACAGAGAACAGCUAGUUCUACCUGACAUUAACUGCCAUCUUGAGGAUGGUGAUCUGUAAUAAAGAUGGAUUAUUGACAUUUCUCCAUGGAAGACAUCUGCAUCAUCAUCAUCAUCAUCCUCAUCAUCAUCUGUCAAUUUCCCAUUUUAUGAAACAUGCUGGUGAUGUGCUGUUGCUCUCAGUACAAUAAAAUCACAAACAGUU